GAUAUGCCUAAUAAUGCAGAUGAUAUAGCUCAGGCCGUUUGGCAUUUGAUGAUGGAUGAUCAUCACCGUCAUCUAUGGAGCGCAGUUUGGGUAUUUUUGUGUCAAAAAAGAUACACCUCAAAUAACACUAAUUGACGUGUCAAAUAAGCUUUUAUUUUGAAGAGUCAAAUAACAAAAUUAUAGACUGUCUUGUGCGCUGAAUUUGCAUGCGCAAGCCAAGCGCCAGCACUAUGGUCUAAAGCACUGUCAAAGUGAAACAAAAAGUCUGCAAACAAGCACACACAGACCACGAUGUGUUUACAGUACCGCGUUGGUAAUAAACCAUUAUUUGUUCGAUCGACUGGGAAAACGUCUGUGUGAGCAUUUGAAAUAAAACCAGGAUCUGAAAUGUUAGCUAAGUAGUGCAACAUUCUCCCCGACAUGCAACCAGACACGGGGAGAAAAGAUUGAUCCUGCAGCUUCUGCCAGCCAUAUCCCAAACAGUUGCACCUAAUUCAUCCUAGCUAGUCAAAAUACAGAAUAAAUAAGGAUUUUGUCAACAUUGAUGACCGUUUGGAAACUGGAGGGGCAGCAGCAGUUAAUGCUUCCCUUUGUUUAAUAUUCAGGCAGCGACAGAAUGAUAGAAGAACGCAGUAAACGAGGCAAGGCCAUGGUGGAGAGGAGACAACUCUUCAUGGAGAUGAGGGGACAAAACUUUGACGUCAUCAGACUGUCAACCUAUAGGACGGCCUGCAAGCUAAGAUUCGUGCAGAAAAGAUGCAACCUGCACCUGGUGGAUGUGUGGAACAUGAUCGAGGCGUUCCGUGACAGCGGUUUGAACACACUGGACCACAACGCAGAGAUUAACGUGUCUAGACUGGAGACCAUCUUGUCCUCCAUCUACUACCAGCUCAACAAGCGUCUUCCCACCAUGCACCAGAUCAACGUAGAGCAGUCCAUCAGUCUGCUCCUCAACUUCAUGGUGGCUACAUACGACAGUGAAGGCCACGGGAAACUGAGCAUUUUCUCGAUGAAGUCAAUGUUGGCGACUAUGUGUGGAGGGAAAAUAGUGGACAAACUCCGUUGUAUCUUCUCCCAGAUCUCUGACUCUAAUGGUGUGAUGGCCUUUGCUAAGUUUGACCAGUUUCUUCGUGAAGUUCUGAAGCUGCCCACAGCUGUGUUCGAGGGCCCGUCCUUUGGAUACACAGAACACUCCGUACGGACAUGCUUCCCUCAGCAGAAGAAGAUCUUGCUGAACACGUUUUUGGACAUUUUGAUGGCAGAUCCUCCCCCCCAGUGUCUCGUGUGGCUACCUCUCAUGCACCGACUUGCUAAUGUUGAAAAUGCCUUCCAUCCCGUGGAAUGUUCUUAUUGCCGGAGUGAAAGUAUGAUGGGGUUCCGUUACCGGUGCCAACAGUGCCAUGGCUACCAACUCUGUCAGAGCUGCUUUUGGCGUGGCCAUGCCAAUGGUCCCCAUAGCAACCAGCAUCAGAUGAAGGAGCACUCCUCUUGGAAGUCUCCAGCUAAAAAGCUAAGUCACGCCAUCAGUAAGUCUCUGGGCUGUGUCCCCAUUGGAGAGCUACCUCACCCAGUGUUCCCUGAGCAGUUAGAGAAACCCCAGGACAGCGUGCCACACACUGUUCAGCCGAAGCCAGUAGCCAACAACAUGAACAACACAAUGUUCAUGUCCUCUGGUGUACCUACUCCUACUAAAAGAUGUCAGUCCCCCUGUGUCUCUAAAGAUGUCCUCCCCUGUGUCUUUAAGGAUGUCCUACCCUGUGUCUCUAAAGAUGUCUUCCCCUGUGUCUUCCCCUGUAUGUCCUCCCCUGUGUCUCUAAAGAUGUCCUCCCCUGUGUCUCUAAAGAUGUCCUCCCCUGUGUCUUCCCCUGUGUCUUUAAAUAUAUGUCAGUCCCCCUGUGUCUCUAAAGAUGACUUCCCCUGUGUCUUUAAAGAUGUCCUCCCCUGUGUCUCUAAAGAUGUCCUCCCCUGUGUCUCUAAAGAUGUCCUCCCCUGUGUCUCUAAAGAUGACUUUCCCUGUGUCUCUAAAGAUGACUUCCCCUGUGUCUUUAAAGAUGUCCUCCCCUGCGUCUCUAAAGAUGUCUUCCCCUGCGUCUUUAAAGAUGUCCUCCCCUGUGUCUUUAAAGAUGUCUUCCCCUGCGUCUUUAAAGAUGUCUUCCCCUGUGUCUCUAAAGAUGUCCUCCCCUGUGUCUCUAAAGAUGUCCUCCCCUGUGUCUCCAAAGAUGUCCUCCCCUGUGUCUCUAAAGAUGACUUCCCCUGUGUCUUUAAAGAUGUCCUCCCCUGCGUCUCUAAAGAUGUCCUCCCCUGUGUAUUUAAAGAUGUCUUCCCCUGUGUCUCUAAAGAUGACUUCCCCUGUGUCUUUAAAGAUGUCUUCCCCUGUGUCUUCCCCUGUGUCUUUAAAGAUGUCUUCCCCUGUGUCUUCCCCUGUACGUCUUCCCCUGUGUCUCUAAAGAUGUCCUCCCCUGUGUCUCUAAAGAUGUCCUCCCCUGUGUCUCUAAAGAUGUCCUCCCCUGUGUCUCUAAAGAUGUCCUCCCCUGUGUCUCUAAAGAUGUCCUCCCCUGUGUCUCUAAAGAUGUCCUCCCCUGUGUCUUCCCCUGUGUCUUUAAAUAUGUCAGUCCCCUUGUGUCUUUAA